CUCCAGCAGUUUGAAGGCGCUUCUACACCGGUAGUUGUGCACAUGGGCAGACUUCACAAAGGGGUCAUUAAGCUGCCGAACGCUGAUCGGCAGUACUCUUUCCUUUCAGAUUAUGCGCAGACUUUUUUUAGGAGAUGUACAGAAGUCAGUGCCCGACACAUUGAAUACCAUCACAUGGCAGUGCCGGACACAUUGAAUACGAUCACAUGGCAGGCCUUGCCACUGUCAACGCGGGAUUGGAGAAAUUCGUUAUUUAUUCUGGAUAACUCUAAUCUACGAAAACCAUUUAAAGGACUAGAUUGACAACCUAAAAGUUGCUAUUAAGGUACAAUGUUUACCAACAAGCUGCUGACCCUGGUGCUGGUGGUACAGCCUGGACGGGUGCUGCUGGGCAUGAAGAAGAGAGGGUUCGGCGCAGGGAAGUGGAAUGGGUUUGGUGGCAAAGUCCAACCUGGGGAGACUAUUGAAGAGGCUGCCAGGCGAGAACUGCAGGAAGAAAGUGGCCUCACAGUGGAUGCACUUGAUAAGAUUGGAAAUAUCAAAUUUGAAUUCAUCGGAGAAACAGAGCUGCUUGAUGUCCAUGUUUUCCGAGCUGACAACUACAACGGGGAGCCAACAGAGUCAGAUGAGAUGCGGCCGCAGUGGUUCGACUCGGACAAGAUACCCUUCAGUCAAAUGUGGGUUGACGAUAUUCUGUGGUUUCCACUGAUGCUUCAAAAGAAGAAGUUCUUGGGCUACUUCAAAUUUCAGGGUCAUGACUUGAUCAUCGAUCACAAGUUGGAGGAGGUCGAAAAGCUUUAAGACAGACUACUUGUCUCUGACUCAUUCAUACUGUAUCAAAGAGCAUUCUCACAUGUCUACCUGAAACAUCCCUGGAGAAAUACUGCAGAAUUCCUACUGAUUCCAGCUACCCUUGUUCAUAUUCAGUGCCAAGAAAUCACCAGGUCUUUGUAAAUUUACAAACACUUUGUUGCCAGUGACCAUAUGCCUGUGAAUCAGUAAUACUUCCCACUGAGCCAAAACUGAAUACUGGAUGUGUAAAUGUUGCUGACAUACGUAUCCCAUUCCACUAUUGUGUUUAUAUUACAUUUUUAAAGUAUGUGUGAAUGCAGUGUGCUCUUUAGUAAAGAAUGCAACUUUUCUGUUACUUUAUCAAACAGGUGGUAUGGUAAACUGGAAUGACAAUGAUUUUGAUUGUUCAACAUCCUGUUUAAUAAAAUGUUGUAUCAGG